UUUGACGUGUGGUGUCAAGACCACCAUCAGUGCACAUUCUUACACCUUAUCGUACCAGCUAUAGGGUUCACUUUCGAAGCAUCCAACUGAAAAUAAAGUGGCGAAUUUGAUUGCAGGCUUGAUGGACAUUUGCAGUGAUAUUCGAUUUAGCGAAAUUAGAUUGGUUGACGUUGAUGCAGUUAUUGUCGCUUCAAUUUUCAACUAAAUACUGAAAAUAGUAUUAAAUUGCUUUGUUUUUCUAUUCGUAACUGGUACAAGUCUGGUAGAGUCAGAAGUUAAUUUACUAAAUUAUAGUGGUAUUUAAAGUGUUAAAAAGUUUUUAGAUAUGAACCGUCUAGUGCGAAAUGGGCCUCCAGCCCAUGUAGAAGAGAGAGUUCUCUACGCCCGGAGCAAGUUGCUGGCGGGUGUGAAACCGGCGGUCGUCGGGGGAACGCCGAUCACUGAAGAGGAGGCGAUCGAACUUCGCCUCAUCUCCUUCGGCACUGCAGCCUGCCCUCCCCGAGGGGAAUGGAUGAGGACACCUCUAACCAUGAGGUCUCCAGAACAACCACUGGCUUACGGUCUGGCCGCGCCCCGUAAUGGAGCAAGAUCACUUCUAUCGGCUCUGCAAGCGCACAUCAUCAAGUGGCUGCUGUUCGAUUCGCGGCCCCAGACGAAGGGCGCUAAGAACUCCUUGCCGCCGGAGACCUACCUCCGCCCCUCCGAGGAGCGUCAAGAGGAAUCCGUGUGGAGGGCCUGUAGCGAGGUCAUCUGGCGUUGCGCAGGUGGCUUCAACCCUCAAGCGGGCACCGAACCGAAGGCCAUCGUCACGCUGCCCAGCGAGACCAUUUAUGUGCAACACAGCUCGCAGUACUACCAGGAUGGGAUCACUGAGAAGCUGCACUUGUUCGAGCUGAAGAACUUGGAGGACCUUCAAAUAUUUAUCAAGCGGUACCUGUAUCUGUUCCAAACCGAAGAAGGAUCAGGAGCGCUGCUUCUUCUUUACUCCGUUAUUCUUUCUAGAGGCAUUGAGAACAUCAAGAAAGACCUGGACGGCAAGCUGAGCCACCUGGUGUCUGCCCAAGUGGAGGGGUCUCUGAACGUCGUCACUCUACUGCUGACCGGUAGAGCGACACCCUACUUGCACAAUGGAGUGCUGUACGUGGGCGAUGAGGAUCAUUACGCCCUCCCACAAUUCGGCGUGCUCUCCAGAAGUCCUGUGGGAUUGUUGGUGUGGUAUGGAGGCGACGAGUCUGGGAAGGUCAAUUUGAACAAACAGUAUCCAGGUUCGAGGUUGAAGACUCCGGCUCUGCCUAUCUGGGUGACAAGCUGCUCCGGCCAUUUUGGUGUUCUAUUCAACACUAAUCGAGAACUACUGAGAAACUACCACGCAGAGAGAAGAUUUGAUAUCCAGUACUACACCUGCGGAGGCUGUAAUGUCCUUCUUAACGUGGACACUCGUGCCCAUGAUGACAUGGGAACCCUGAGGAAUGACGACAUCAGUGCCACUCCAUUGGAAAAGCUCAUCCAUACCAAGUGGCAAGACGCGAAAAUUACAUGGACGGGAGCUGCGCCGUAUGUGGGAGAACAACCGCUUCAAUAAAUAGCUCUACUUAUUUUGCAAA